AUGUUAAUCAGUUCAGAUCCUGCAGGAUUGGAAUGCUUGGAGAGCAUGGCUUUUAAUGGCAUUGCCACAAACCUAGUCGUGUAUCUCCGUUCAGUCCUCCAUGGUGGUAUUGCUUCCAGUGCAUCAACAGUAUCUCUUUGGUACGGGACAAGCUUCUUUGUGCCAAUGCUUGGAGCCGCUAUAGCAGAUACUUGCUUGGGAAAUUAUAAGACCAUCUUGAUCUCCCUUAUCAUGUACCUAAUUGGAAUGGUACUAAUUACAGUUGCAACAUUUCUGCCUUCUGCUUCAAUCUUAUGCGACGUCAACUCAUGCUUGUCAUCAAAUGGAACUCAAACCGUGAUUUUCUUUGCUGGUUUGUAUCUCACUGCUGUUGGAUGUGGAGGAGUAAGAUCUGCAUUGCUUCCAUUUGGUGCAAACCAGUUCAACAAUGAGAACGGUCUAGUAGACAUAAAAAAGAGAAGAAAUUUCUUCAGUUCGUUCUAUAUAUGUGUCAUCUUUGGUGUGAUUACUUCUGGGACAAUUAUAGUUUGGGUUCAGGAAAAUGUGAGCUGGGCUAUAGGAUAUGGAGUUGCCACUACAUGCAUAGGUCUUGCUUUGUUAGGAUUUGUGGUCGGAACACCAAUAUUCCAACAUGAUGAGCCUUGUGGUUCUCCAGUGAAGAGUAUUUUCCAGGUUAUUGUUGCCUCUUUUAGGAACAUGAGCUUGGAAGUACCUGCUGAUAGCUCUCUUCUGUAUGAGGUCAGGAGCAACCACAUGCAAAGGACAAUACUUGCUCACUCUGAUGACUUUAGGUUCUUAGAUAAGGCAGCAGUUAUUUCUGAUCCAAGCUUGGUGUAUGGAGGCUGUCGAAGCUCAUGGAGUUUGUGUACGGUUACUGAAGUUGAGGAACUGAAAAUACUUAUCCGCUUACUCCCAAUAUGGGUGACUGGAAUAUUCUUUGGUGCUGCAAUCUCUCAAAUGCACACCACUUUCAUUCAGCAGGGAACUGUGAUGAACACCAGGAUUGGUUCCCUGUCCAUUCCACCAGCAUCCUUGUACUCAUUUGAAGUGAUAUGUGUCACGCUCUGGGUACUUGCUGUGAACAAAGUGCUUGUGCCGGCAACCCGAACGUAUUUUGCAAAUGGAGCCGAGCUCACACAGUUACAGAGGAUUGGGAUCGGUCGUUUCCUGAUGAUCUUUGCCAUGGCAAUGGCCGCACUUCUAGAAACCAAGAGGCUGCAGAGUGUUCAGGAGGGGGAACUGCUAAGCAUUGUAUGGCAGCUUCCACAGUACUUCGUCAUUGCUGGGGCUGAGUGCUUUGCUAUCAUCACUCAGCUGGAGUUCUUCCAUGGCCAGGCGCCAGACUCCAUGAAGAGCAUAUUAACGGCAUUUGCGUUGCUCACCACUGCCCUUGGGAAUUACUUGAGCUCAGCUAUCAUCACCCUCAUUGCAGGGGUGACCAGGGUAUGGCAUAGCCCUGGAUGGAUACCAGAUGAUCUGAACAAGGGACACCUUGAUUACUACUACUGGUGUCUUACAGCCCACUCGUUGGUGAAUUUUGUUGUAUAUCUGUAUUUUGCUAGUAAAUACAAAUUGAAGAAAGUUGUUAUCUGCUAA